AUGGCAACCUUUGAUUAUUACCCUUCUAAACAAGCCCGAAAGGCCGAAAAUGCAUCCUAUCCACCAAUACUCUCCCCUUCGGACCUGGAGAGGCUGGGUUCUAUCCGUGUGUCGAUAUUCCGAGCGAAGCGGAAAAAGCUAGCAGUGCCUGUUGUAUACAACCAAGAGAGGCCGGAAACGUUACAGGAGCUACCAGAGAAGCAUUUGGAGGGAAAGGCACUGGAAAUCAUUGUGAAGACGGGGACAAGUGUCGCCGCUCGCGCUCGCGCUCCCACCUCAAAACGCUAUUCAUACAGACCGAAGGAUGGAACCCAGCGCAAUGGAGAAUGCUCAUUGACUACUUCAGGGACCUUGCAAACCCUUGGUUGCAUUCCACGAAGCCCAUCCCCAGAGCUCGAUGCAAUUGCGAUCCUUCAGCGCGCCGAUAAUCUGCCCCUUCGCAUCAAACAACAAGCUCGUGAAAUGGAUUUACUUGUCCUGGCACUCGCAGCAAGUCCAUGGUAG